UGUGCUUCGGUUUUGAACCUUUAUCUGAAAUGAUACCUACUCUUAUUCUUCUUGCGCUCUUCUAACUAUCAAGUAUGCGGGCGCAUCGGUUUCGAUGUCACACCAUCGCCAUCUGCGAUGAUGCGAUCCCGGGAGAAUGUUGAAGUUGAAUGGCUGGCCUGCAGGCAAUCUACGUGACCUCAGAAAUGGUGCAAAUGGCGUGCAGAUUGAGGUAGCCGCGGCGGUAUCCAUGGUCCACUGCCGGCUCUACCCCUCCCCCUCCCCCUCCCCUCACUGUCUACGAGGCCAUUAUAUCAACGGAGGGGUCGACCACAGUCCCAGUUUACCCCCAACUAUUCACUACAACCAUAUAUCCUAUAGAAGUAUGGCAGCAGUCAAAGGUCCCCAAGCCAUUCAUACCGAACUGCCGAUACGGAAUGGCCACGAUGGCGCUCUGCCGGCAAAGGAAGCUCUCACUCAAGCAGUGGAAACCACCAAGGCCGACGAUCUCCAACGCCCAGCCUUCGAGAUAGAAGAGCAUCCAAUUGACCAAGUCCGACCGAUCAAAGUUGGCGUGAUUGGAGCCGGCCUUGCCGGUAUUACAGCGGGGAUUCUUUUUCCAGCGAAGGUCCCCGGAGUAGAUUUGCGGAUCUAUGAGAAGAAUGCUGAUGUGGGAGGUACAUGGUUUGAAAAUACAUAUCCCGGGGUUCGUUGCGACAUUCCCGCGCACGUAUAUCAGUCCGGCUUUUCUCCAAACACACAAUGGACGGAAGAGUUUGCACAAGGAGCGGAGAUCAGAUCGUAUUGGCAAGGUCUCGCUAGGAAAUAUGACGUCUACAAGUAUCUGCGCCUGCAGCAGAAGAUCGAGCGUGCGGUCUGGCAGCCCGAGAAGGGGAAAUGGCUGGUGACAAUUCAAGAUCUGAAGGAUCAGCAGAACCCUAGGCGCUACGACGAAGAGCUCGAUGUGCUGAUCAACGCCAUCGGCCACUUCAACGCGUGGAAGCUGCCUGACUACGAGGGCAUCGACACAUACGAAGGCACUCUCUUUCACUCCUCAAACUGGAACCACGAGGUCGAUCUACAGGGAAAACGAGUUGCCCUUAUCGGAAACGGAGCUUCAGGUCUGCAGGUCCUACCCUCCAUCCAACCCAUCGCACAACACGUAGACCACUACGCGCGCAAUCGCACAUGGGUCGCCGAUUCCUUCGGCACGACAGGGGUUCGUCGCCUCGAGCCCAACCUCUUCUCCGAAGCACAACUGGAAUCGUUCAAGGACCCCGACACCUAUCUCCAAUAUCGCAAAAGCGUGGAAGAAGGCUACUUCUCACGCUUCGGAGCGGUCUUCAAGAACACACCGGAGAACCAGGAGCUCCGCGAGAAAUGGACCACAUUGAUGCUUUCACGCAUUGGGAAGGACUCCACCCUAGCCGACAAGAUCAUCCCCGACUUCCCGCCCAACUGCCGUCGCCCCACGCCGGGACCAGGCUACCUCGAGGCCCUGGGCCAAGAGAACGUCAGCUACAUCCAGACGCCCAUCCAGCGGUUCACGCCGACAGGCAUCGUCACCACCGACGGGGUCGAGCGGCCCGUGGACAUCGUCAUCUGCGCGACGGGGGCGAACGUGGAUCACGCGCCCCCGUUCUCGAUCAUCGCCAACAACGUCGACCUGAAGGAAGCAUGGGCGCACGACGGCCUGUACGGCUUCCCCUACAACUACCUCGGCAUGGCCACCCCGGGAUUCCCGAACCUGCUGUGGAUUGGUGGCCCCCAUUCCACCGGCCAGGGGGGCAGCGUGCCGAACUGCCUGGAGAACCAGAUCACGUACAUCGCCAAGCUGCUGCGCAAGCUCCGCGCGCAGGGCAUCAAGUCUCUGGCGCCGUCGAAGGCGGCCACGGAUGACUUUGUCGAGUACUGUGAUACCUUCUAUCCGCGCACGGUGUGGACGGGCAACGAUGACUCGACCCCCGGACAGAAGAACUGUCGCUCGUGGUAUAACGGCGGUCGGCCGGGUGGCCGCAUCCAUGGCUUGUUUCCCGGCAGCGCGUCGCAUUUGAACUACCUGCGGCGGGAUCCUCGGUGGGAAGAUUGGGAGUACACCUACACCAACCCGAGCGGAAAUCGGUUCGCCUACUUCGGGAAUGGGUGGACGCAGAGGGAACUCGAGACGGGGGCCGACUUGACGCCGCAUCUGAACAGGCCGGAUACGAUUGACUUACGGACAUAUCUGGAGGGCUGGUGGGAUGCUUAGAGGACUUCGAUGUAGGUUGGGGGGAGUUUAUAGCUCUAGAAGUGGAUAGAGAUCUACCGGACACACGUGAACUCAUCAAUUUCUGGCAUAGAUAUCAUCCGGCUGUG